AUGCAGCUGGACAGGUGUUCCAGGGUGUGGUAUUUCCUUAGCAUGCUGGCUGUACAAGGAAGUGUGAGUCUGGAAGAAGCCAAAAGCAAACCGGAAAGUAAUCCUGAGCAAUUUAUGAACAUUAGUGAGAAAAUACUGUACUGGGGAUAUCCUUCUGAAGAAUAUGAUGUCCUUACAGGGGAUGGUUAUUACCUGAGCGUGAACAGAAUACCAGCAGGUAAAGAAAAGCUCAAAAUCACCUGUACUGUAUUGCUAAUGCAUGGUUUAACCUUGGAGGGCAGUGACUGGGUAGCAAAUCUGCCCCAUCAAAGCCUAGGAUUCAUGCUAGCAGAUGCUGGAUAUGAUGUGUGGAUUGGAAAUAGCAGAGGGAAUUUCUGGUCUAGAAGACAUGAAAAUCUUACAGUUGACCAAGAAGAAUUUUGGAAUUUCAGUUUUCAUGAAAUGGGCAUCUAUGACCUUCCUGCUAUAGUAAACUUUAUUCUUCAGAAAACUGGCCAGGAGAAGAUUUAUUAUGCAGGCCAUGCCCAGGGGUCUACAAUAGCUUUUAUUGGAUUUUCUAUGGUCCCUGAACUAGCUGAAAAAAUUAAGAUUUUCUUUGCUUUGGGACCUGCAUAUACAUUGCAUUAUGCUGUAAGUCCUCUCCUACAAAUUGGACGGUUGCCAGAGGUAUUGCUGAAGGUUAUCUUUGGCACAAAAGAAUUCUGCCUGCUGGGACCACGGAUUAGAGCAUUUCUGGCUCGGAGAUGCAGCAGCCGAUUCUUAGAUGGAAUCUGCAAACAAGCGCUUUUGCUUGUCAGUGGUUUCAAUAAGAAAAAUCUAAAUGAGAGCCGGUCUGAUGUAUAUGUAUCCAUAUUCCCAGAUUACACUUCUGUGAAAAAUUUCAUCCAUUGGAGCCAGUCAAUUAAAACAGGGAAAUUCAGAUAUUUUGACUAUGGCUCUAAGAAUAAAGAAAAAUACAAUCAGACUACUCCACCCUUCUACAGCAUAGAAAAGAUGGCUGUGCCAGUUGCUUUGUGGAGUGGAGGACAGGACUGGGUUUGCCAGCCAAAGGAAAUUGCAGAGUUACUGCCUGGAAUCACUAACCUUAUUCAUUACAAAGAGCUGUCUGACUGGACCCACUGGGAUUUCAUUUGGGGCAUUGAUGCUCAUCAGCGCCUGUAUAAUGAAAUCCUUGACCUGAUGGAGAAACACCCAUGA